ACAGGUUAGUGUGUAACAGAAACACAAUGUAAUCCCCGAGACAGGGGCUGGUGUGCAGCUUUCUCCAGAGAAAUCCAAGCCAGGCUUUCAGGAAUGGCUGAACAAUGCAGGAGCACGCACUGGGGCUAAAAGACCAAACCUGUACGAUCUACUUCCACGGUUCAGAUCUUUCUAACUGACAAUGACAGUUUUCAGGAUGACUUUCUGUGAAUCACUACAAAAUUUCAGCCCUCAGCAGGCAUUUCAUUGGUUGGUUGUCUUUGGGAUCUUCAACUUCAUCCAGCAUCAUCUCACAGAAAGUGUUCCUAUGAAUGGUCAGAAGGCAAUGUUUGAUAUACCCUCCAAGUAUGGCAGUUUGUCUGAAGGAGUGGAGAUUCCUGUGCUGACUGAGCUGACUGUGUGCGUCGACAUUUAUCCGACAAGCAAAAUUAAGAAUUGGGCAGCAUUCACCUAUCACAUUGCAGCAACUGGGAGGGGCCAGGAACUGGCCAUUACAAGCCAGAAUAGCCAGCUGACAGUGUGGCUCUGUGGUACAACGAUAGAAACCCAGGCCUCUUUGCCAUUAACCACCUGGCACACAGUGUGUUUCACUUGGAGUGAAUCUUCCAAUUCCCUGACUGUCUAUUUGAAUGGAUCACAGAUAAAAGCUUACAAUACAUCAGCAAGCAGAGUUCAGUCCAGAGGAUCCCUCUUCCUGGGAAGAUACCAACUCUCCAAUUUAAACAGCUCAAAGAUUGAGUUUGAUAUAUCCUGGAAUUUUUUAGGAGACUUGUACUAUUUCAGAGUCUGGAACCAUUCGAAAAGUGCUCUGGAGAUUUCCACUUUGGGUUGUUCAGAUGGAGAUAUCAUCAGCUGGUCAGCACAGCAUUUGAAUUUCACAAGUAACACACUGGCGAUGGAUUCCACACUCCGAUGUGCUUCAGCUGAUGCCACAAGCACUCCAAAACCUCCCUCUCCUACAGAUUUAAUCACUUCUCCAACUCUGGCACAAAGAACCACCUCAUCCUCAACUCACUCAGGAAUAAUAGCAUCAUCCUCACCUCCCUCAGGAAGAACCACCCCAUCCUCAACUUCUUCGGGAAAAGCCACCUCAUCUUUAACUCCCUCAGGAAGAACCACCCCAUCCUCACCUCCCUCGGGAAGAACCACCCCAUCCUCAACUUCGUCGGGAAGAACCACCUCAUCUUUAACUCCCUCAGGAAGAACCACCCCAUCCUCAACUUCUUCGGGAAUAACCGCCUCAUCUUCAACUGCCUCAGGAAGAACCAGCUCAUCCUCACCUCCGUCAGGAAUAACCACCUUAACUGCACUUUCACAGAUCUUCACAAGUUUACAUGCAACGUCAGUCACUGUGUCAUCAUUGACCAUGUCACCUGUGUCAUCAGCGCACAGUGGUAUUCGUGUGUGUUUCUUCAAGACUACGAUGUUAUUCAGUUGCACGGUCAGUCCCAGGAGCGUCGGCGUGUACAAUGUCAGGAAUAUUACAGAACGUUGGCUAAACACAAUCUUCAGCACUGAAGAACUUCUGUUUCUGGACCUGACAGUGGAGUCUAUGGACAGAUAUAAUGCCCACAGUAGAAUCCUUAUAAAGCCCAGCAAGUUUUAUUUGCAGGUUCGAAAGAAAAUUCAAUCUUCUGAGGAUAGCAGGUACAAUUGCACAUUCAGGCUGCAAGCAACAUCAAGAAAAACUACAGAUCAAAUAAAGCAGCAGAUAACAGAAAGAUUGAUAAAUCAAAGUUACCAAGAAUCCAAGCUGAUUCUGACUGCACAUCCUGACAGAAUCCAUAUCUGUACCUUUGAUCCAGGUUCCUGUCCAAGAGACCCUAUGAGCACUGACGAGGGUGAUUAUAUCUGGCCUUCGAUCUCACCAGUGAACACUGUCCAAUUAAACUGUGUGAGGAAUGCACAGAAACAGGCUGAGAGAAAAUGUAAACUGGGUGCUGACGCUGAUCAAGCAGAAUGGUCAAAACCGAACCUGGAACAGUGCAGAGUGAAGCCAACCCUGCCAAACAGUAUCCAAGGAAUGGAAACCAUUCCAAUAACAGCAGGCAAUGUGGAAGAUGUGGCGAGGCACUUGUUGAACCUUAUUGGUGAGGCUGCGAGCCUGUCGCCGAGGGACGUGGAGAUUGUCGUCUCCAAAACAACAACCAUUUUGGAUGUGGCGAUCAUCGAUCUCUCGCUGGGCAAGGUCGUGGUCGAGAUAAUUCACAACAUCCUGAACAAAACCGAUGACCUGACCGGCUUCUCUGUGAGCAUUUUACAGAUGAUGGAAACCUUGGGAAAUAACCUGGAGUUCGGGAGCAAUGAAGUUACCAUCACCACAGACACCAUCUCCAUGGCUAUGGUCAACAUCGACUUCAUCCACUUUUGGGGCAUUGCCUUUGGAGUGCUGUCAUAUAUUGAUGGAUUUGUCCAAGAGAUCUAUAUGAACAAAACAUUACUCGAUAAUCCUGUGGCUUUCAUUGAAUUGCCUCCAAUUUUACACAAAUGGUCAGCUGGGAAGCAGCAUCUGAAAUCUCGGAUACAAUUCCAGUUUUAUGGAGAAACCUCACUCUUUGAAGACAGGACCCUAAGUCAGCAGAAGUUGAACAGUUAUGUGGUCUCCAGCAGCGUUAAAGGAAAAAAUGUGCUGAAUCUCAGUGAGCCUGUUAAAGUUACCUUGAAACAUCUAACAGUGAAACAGGAUGAUGAGCAAGUUACCUGUGUGUUCUGGGACUUUAAGCAAAACUAUGGAGUUGGAGGCUGGAGUUCCUCCGGCUGUGAAGUUGUCAUCAGUAAAUCUGAAUAUACAACCUGUUACUGUAACCAUCUUACACACUUUGGUGUUUUAUUGAAUGUCUCCAGGAAAAUGAUCGAUCCGGUUAACGGCUGGAUUCUCACCAUCAUCAGUUACAUUGGAUGUGGAGUUUCCUCUUUAUUUCUGGGGUUGAUCUUACUGACCUACAUUUCUUUUGAGAAUGUGCGUCGUGACUAUCCCUCGAAGAUCCUGAUGAACCUAUGCAUGUCCUUGUUCAUGCUGAAUAUUUUCUUCCUGACCAAUUCAUGGAUGGCUUCGUUUAAGAGCCCAGGCCUCUGUAUUACUGUGGCUGCCUUGAUGCAUUACUUCCUGUUGAGCUCCUUCUCCUGGAUGUGUAUUGAGGCAGUCCACAUGUACUUUGCACUGGUGAAGGUCUUCAAUAUCUACAUCCGCCAUUACAUGCUGAAGUUCUGCCUAAUUGGAUGGGGUUUCCCAGUGAUUGUUGUGGGGUUACUACUCUCGAUCAAUGUCAACUUUUAUGGUUACGAAACAAAACUGAAAUCUUCAAAUCCAGCCGACAUGUUCUGCUGGUUGAGGAAUGGUACCGCUUUCUACCUGUCGGUGGUAGUAUACUUUGGGCUGGUCUUCCUCAUUAACCUGGCCAUGUUUAUCGUGGUGCUCAGGCAGGUGCAGGCCAUGAGGAUACAGAGACUGAGUGGCAGCACACUGACCCAGACCCUGCACCAUCUGAAGAGCAGCGUCAGCCUGACCAUCCUGCUCGGGCUCACCUGGGGGUUUGCAUUCUUCGCCUGGGGACCCGCACAAGUGACCUUCACAUAUUUCUUCACCAUUUUCAACUCUCUCCAAGGACUCUUCAUCUUUGUGUUUCACUGUUUAAUGAAGGAUAAUGUUCGCACCCAGUGGAGAAUUCACCUGUGCUGCGGCCCUUUUCAACUCAGCGAGUAUUCAGAGUGGAGCAGGACUGCGACAAACGGAAACCUGAAAGAUGGAAGAACAAGCUUCAGCACUCAAUCCAAAAAAUCCUCCAACUCCAAUUCAACAACAACAUCUUCAAAUGGAUCACAGAAGAAUUUAAUUCCUUCCCCAAACUUUGCGAACAAUCCUGAUUACAGCAACGACUACGCCUGGCCCUUUGACGUGGAAAAGUGGAUGACCAGCCGGGACAUUGAGAGGAACCACAAGUUACCAUCAUGCACACUGCCUCAUGGGCAGCCAGCUAAUGCUCUGUACAUGAACCCACAGUACACCCACACCAACAACCCCUCUAAUUGGUGCUAGAGUCAACCACACAUUCACAACAGCAACCUUCAAACUCCUGUCUAUAAGGCCCUGCCGUCAGAAUCUCUCCUCCAUAGUUUCAGCUUUGUUGGCCAUGAUUCCUCGCCUGGUUUGGGACACAGUCUGAUGAGCAACAUUUUCCUUUCAAUGUCAGAACCAAGAGCUGGCCAGCUCAUUUCUCCGUGAGCUCGGGUUGAGCUGCUGAGGACAUGGUGUAAGUUGGAAAUCCGUGAGAGGGUGUCACAGAUUGCCAACUUUAACACAGAAGCCAGCUUGCCUCUCAAUGGUUUCAGAGAUAAUAGGAACUACAGAUGCUGGAGAAUCCGAGAUAACAAAGUGUGGAGCUGGAUGAACACAACAGGCCAAGCAGCAUCUCAGGAGCACAAAAGCUGACGUUUCGGGCCUAGACCCUUCAUCAGAAAAGGCUUUUCAUUCAGCUCCACACCUAGUUAUCUUGCCUCUCAAUGGUUACAGCUUUAUCAGAGAGAACUCCACCCAGUGUGUCCCAUGGAAGAGUCCAAUGGGCUUGCAGAAGGUGUUGGUUUGAGGCUGGAGAGGGGGCAGGGUCCUUAACAGGGCCCUGAAAAAUGCUUCACGCAAUCUUUGUUUUCCCCCUGAUCCCAGCCACUCACUCCUUUUACAGCACCUUCCCACCAGAGCCUCCUACUCCAGGAAUGUGUCAUCAGCAAACACUGCCCACCCCCUUCCCCAAACUGUGUCCCCAAAGCCCUUCCCCUGAAUGGCCUGUGACCACCCCGACACCCUCCAGCCUCAGGAUCAGUUCCCCAACCCCCCCACACCAUCCUUGGUUUUUACCAGAGGAUCACACUUCUUCACUUUGGGCCCAUCGGAAAGUUUGGGUGACUUCUGCACCAGAUAAUUAAUCUCACUUCCCUCCUUCACAGGUUACUCACUAAUUAGAAUCUGAUUUCAAGCUUUCUGAUCCAGUCCAUGUUUUAAUCUCUCUAGAAUCAGAGACUGUAAGAAUCAGGGUUCGGAAAUUACCAAGUCAGGGUUAACCAAGAAUCUAAUAAAUGCUGAUUAAUGAUAAAAUAUUUACGUCAACAUAUGAAACGGUUGAUUGAUGUUUUGUUGUGUACUCACUAUUUGUCAAUGAUGUUACUUAUCGUGUAUUUCCAAAAUCUGAUGUAAACAUAGAGAAGAGAAUCAUUAGAGUUAUGGAUGUGGACA